AUGGUCACAAUACGGACACAACCAACUGGAAAUGUUUGGACAUUUGAAAAUGAAUGGAGUAAUGGAAUAUGUGGUUGUUGUAAAGAUCUUGGAACUUGUUGUUUUGCUUAUUGGUGUUGUCCAUGUUUUCUAUGUAAAUUACAUGGACGAACUAAUGAAUGUCUAUUUACUGGAUGUUUACCGGGAGGUUUAUGGGAACCUGAUAGACUUGUCUAUAAAUCAGGUCGUGUUGAUUUUUUUAUUCGACAUCGACCAUUUGUUUGGAGUCGAACAUGUGCGGAUUGGUAUUCAAAUUUAAUUUCAGCUAAAUGGAUAUCCGUAUUAUCAUUAAUAGUGGCCGUAUUUUUAAUUAGUUGGACAUUUUUUGCUCUUGUUUGGUAUAUACUUGCUUUUUAUAAUGGAGAUUUUUUACCUGAUCAUCUACGUCCAAAUACAAAUCAUCGUCCAUGUCUUGUUAAUGUUGGAAAUAGUUUUUUAGCUUUUUUUCUUUUUUCAUUAGAAACUCAACAUACAAUUGGUUAUGGAUAUAGACAUGUUAAUGAUGAAUGUAAAGCCGGAGUUAUUUUAUUAAUGAUUCAAUCAGCUAGUGGUGCUUUAAUAACAAUUUAUGUUGGUGGUAUUGUUUUUAAUAAAUUAGCAAGACCAAAACAACGAAUGAAAGUUUUAACAUUUAGUGAACGAGCAGUUGUUGCACCACGUGAUGGACAUUUAUGUUUUAUGUUUAAAGUUGGAAAUAAUAUUGUUACUCAAAUAACACGUCCUGCUAUUCGAGUUAUUUAUUAUAAAUUACAACCAAAAUCUUCAGGUGAAAUUGUACCAAUUGAAAAUUUUGAUAUGCCGGUACAUCCUUCAAAUACAAACUUAAUGUUAUUAUGUCCAUUAGUUAUUGAACAUAGAAUCGAUGAAUCAUCACCACUUUAUCCUAUAUCACCAACAAAACUUUAUAAUUCAGAAGGUAACGGUCCUGAUGCAUUUGAAAUUGUUGUUAUUAUUGAAGGAACAAUGGAAACAACUGGUGAUGCAUGUCAAUAUCGUACUAGUUAUAAACCACGAGAAAUUCUUUGGGGUUUUCGUUUUAAGCCAACUAGUUUUACAAUAGAAAAUGGUAAAAUUAAUUUUGAUAUGACAACAUUUGAAGAAUAUGAACCAGUUAAUAUGGAUGGAUAUAUAGGUAAAUGUAGAGGACCAAAAUUAUUUGCAUUAGAUUUGUCAAGUAGAAUUUAUGCACGCAGAAAACGAAGAACAUCUCGUCUAGUAAACGAAUCACCAUUACGUGUUAAUGCAUAA